UUUGCUCAGUAGUUUUAAUCCCUGGUUGGGGUAAAAAAUAAACCUCGCGAUGGACGAUCUAAUGUCCAAAUUUGAUGAGCUGAUUCUGCAUGCAUUAACAGCGGAAUCGCGCUUGGAGGAAAAAUUCAAGAAAAGCACUCAGAACGUCGACGAAUUUGUUGCCCAAUGUAUUUCCACCGGAACUCCGGUGCAAAAUAAGAAACGACCUAAGCGACUGGAUUCGAUUAACGAUGGUGCUCAGGGUGACCGGGAACACGAAACCUCAAGCGCGUCGAACAGCUCGACAGCCUCUCGUUCUCUUCGGAAAAACAGCGUAAACAAUGUUUCACAACAACAGUCACAAAAGCAACCAGAAGUCUCCGACUCUCUGGAACACAGUCAUACGCGGCCAGCUCGUACUGCUCGUAUCAAAGCCGCACAGCAUCUGAAAGAACCCACGCUGAAUGAAAAAAUGCGGCAACCUAGCGUAACCAUCAAGAAGGAACGCAUUUCGGAAGAGGUUCGCAAAAACCGGGUGGAACCGAUGGAAGUGGACACGGAAAACGAUGGCAAUGCUCUUAAUGGAGUAGCUCCUCUAGAAAAAAUACAAGAAAAUGAUAAACGCAAAUCAAACGACGAAGGUUUCGGUAGUAACAACGAAAAGGAUAAGGAUGCCGAGGAGGCUCCACCGUCAAGAGAAGUGUCUAUCAUGGUUAUUCCGCAGCCAAUUCCGAAGGUAGAAGUGCUAUCGGAUGAUGAGGCUAGUGAAAAGAUGCCUCCUCCGGCAAUGCCACCACCGAAGGCUAGAACACGUACGAAAAAAGCGGACAAAUCAAAGAGUAAAGCUUCGCACGCUUUUCCAGUUCCUAUCAAAAAAGAGAAGGAUCUGGAUGAACUGUCGUCUUCAUCGGCUGUGUCCUCUGCCGAAUCCAGCCUAUCGAACUCUUCGGUUAAAACCUCGGAACGGAUUCGCAAGAAGAAGGCGUCCACUCAGAUGGUAGAAGAAAAAGUGCAUAUCAAAACUGAAAAAUUAUCCGGAGAACGAUUUAAAAAAUCCAGCAAAUCUAAAGUGGCAGAAAAGCCGGCCACCAACAACACAAGCCCGGCUGCGUCGGAAAAGUCUGUCUACGAAGAUGCCAUCGAUAGUGACUCAAUCAUGCGGCCACUGGUGGUAUCUGUAGGAAAAGUCAAUGUUGGGCCGGAACCAGAGAAAAAUCAAACUUUUGCCAUGGAGAAAAACGGAACUUUUUCGGUACCGGCCUCAAACGGAACGUUUGUGGUUCCAUCUCCAAAUGGCGGCACUGCUAACGGUACUUUCCAGGUUAAAUCUCCGGAAAAUGGAGCGAAUGCCACGUUUGACAUUCGCCAAUUGCCGGUGGCUGGAGAUGGUACUUUCGUAAUGGAAAACAAAUCCGCUGACAAACAGCCGCAAGCCCCGGUAAACUCUAGCAUCAUGACCGAGGACAAUUCACACUUGGAAGACCCCAGUCCGGAACCGGAACCGAAGCCCAAAUCAAAACCAUCGGUUCCGAAAAAACCACCAACCGUUGCAAAACCCAAUCAGAAGAAAAACCACGCCCUAUUCAGUAUGCAAAGUCCAAUCAAGACUCGAAUAGAGGCCUUUGAAAAAGCGGCCAUCUGCUCUCCAAUGCACACUCGCACGGGAAAAGUAACAACCCCAUUGCAAACGGUCAGACUGCCGACCAAAACUUCCACCACUCCAUUGGCAUCUCAACGUUUUCCGUCGUCCGCAAAAGUCGGCCCCAUUCAAACGACACCGACCGCUCAAAGCACACUUUCCCAGCUGGGCAAAGGUAUGUCAUCGUCGGCCUCAAAGUUGGCUCACUUGCAGAAAAAACCAACCCUAGCAUCGGCCACGCUCACCAAAUCGCACAGCCUUUCACGGGAACCCAGCGUCGAACGGUUGGGCACCCUAUCGGGUGCCUCUUCCAGUUCCUCGUUAGCCCUGCUGGACGAGAAGAAGAAAAUGCGCGAGGAAAAGCAACGUCUCGCGCACCAGCAGCGCGAACAGUUGGAGAAGGAAAAGCGCGAGCACGCCGAACGGCUGAUGCGCGAAAAGGACGAGAAAAUGCGCAAACUGGUGCAGGAGAAGGAGGACAAACUGCGCGCGAAACAGGUGCAGAAAGCGAAGAAGAUGGAAGAGUUCGAGAAGCGGCGGCACCUGGAGGAGCUGAACCAGCGGCAGCUGGCGGAGCAGAAGCGCGAGGAACUGGCCCGGCUGGAGCAGAUGCAGAGAGCUGAACGAGAACAGGAGGUACUAAAACUAAAUCAGGCAAAGGAAAACUACGAGAUCAAAUUGCACAAGCAAAUGUACCAGCAAAAGCUCCUGCAGCAGCAAAAGCUCCAACAGCAGCUGCUGUUGCAGAAACAGAAAAGCGGUCAUGCUGCCGUGCCCACGGAAGCGACAUCCAAAGGUACAGCCUACUUCAGCUUCGAUAUGAUUGCAACGGACGACUCGACAGACGAUGAAAGCGUUGGCACUAGCAAGAAAACCAAGCGUCCACCACUGCCCCCGUGGUCAACAAAGGAACACCGGACGCAACCGAUGAGGAUACAGUCCGAGAUUCAGCUGAAGAUCAUCGAUCAGUUCUUCUCGGUGGCUCCGAUGACGCCGGAUUUGCGCGAAAUUUUCCCCACCAUCGACGCUCGCAAGCUGAAGCGAAACUCGAGCGCGGUGUGGCGAACCCCGCCCCGCUACUCGCAGAUGCCCAAAUACUGAUCUGAACUGCUGAUUGAUGAUGUUUUAAACAUACC